GUUCUCCGCUUUUGGGUAGAUCAACAACCUCACCAUGUGUGGUAUCUGGGCCUUGUUUGGCAGUGAUGAAUGCCUUUCUGUCCAGUGUCUAAGUGCCAUGAAGAUAGCUCACAGAGGUCCUGAUGCGUUUCGUUUUGAGAAUGUCAAUGGAUUCACCAACUGUUGUUUUGGUUUCCACCGCCUUGCAGUUGUUGAUCAGUUAUAUGGUAUGCAGCCAAUCCGGGUGAAGAAAUUCCCUUAUCUGUGGCUGUGUUACAAUGGAGAAAUCUACAAUUUCAAACAAUUACAGAAGCAGUUUGGAUUUGAAUAUCAAACACUAGUGGAUGGUGAGGUUAUCCUUCAUCUUUACAACAGAGGAGGAAUAGAGCAAACAGCGUCCAUGCUAGAUGGCGUAUUUGCUUUCAUCCUUCUGGACACUGCAAACAGAAAAGUGUUUCUGGCAAGAGAUACCUAUGGAGUCAGACCACUGUUUAAGGUGCUGACUGAUGAUGGAUUUUUGGGUGUCUGUUCUGAGGCAAAAGGACUUACCAACUUAAAGCAUUCAACAUCCUUGUGUCCUAAAGUGGAACCGUUUCUCCCGGGUCAUUAUGAAGUAUUGGAUUUAAAGCCCUCUGGCAAGGUUGCAUCAGUGGAAUUAGUAAAAUUUCAUAGCUAUAAAGAUGAAAAACUCCAUGCUGUAUGUGAUACAGUGGAAACUCUGCCUUCAGGCUUUGAUCUUGAAACAGUGAAAAGCAACAUCCGUAUUCUGUUUGAAAAUGCUGUUAGGAAACGUUUGAUGGCUCACAGAAGGAUUGGUUGUCUGUUGUCAGGGGGUUUAGAUUCCAGCUUGGUUGCAGCUGUUCUUCUGAAACAAAUGAAAGAAAUCAACAUCAAGUAUCCAUUACAAACCUUUGCAAUUGGAAUGGAAAACAGUCCUGACUUACUGGCUGCCAGAAAGGUGGCAGCACAUAUAGGCAGUGAACAUCAUGAAGUAAUAUUUAAUUCUGAAGAAGGAAUUCAGGCAAUAGAGGAGGUUAUCUUCUCCUUGGAAACCUAUGACAUCACAACAAUAAGAGCUUCAAUUGGUAUGUAUCUUGUCUCCAAAUACAUACGGAAGAAAACAGACAGCGUGGUCAUUUUUUCAGGAGAAGGAUCAGAUGAGCUGACACAAGGAUAUAUAUAUUUCCAUAAGGCGCCAUCUCCCGAAGAAGCUGCGGAAGAGAGUGAGCGGCUUCUGAAGGAGCUCUACCUGUUUGAUGUGCUUCGUGCGGACAGAACUACUGCAGCACACGGUCUUGAACUGAGAGUCCCAUUUUUGGAUCAUCGGUUUACUUCUUAUUACUUAUCUCUACCAGCAGAACUGCGAAUCCCAAAGAAUGGAAUUGAAAAAUACCUUUUAAGACAGUCCUUUGAAGAUUCCAACUUGCUUCCCAAAGAAAUACUCUGGAGACCCAAAGAAGCUUUCAGUGAUGGCAUAGCAUCAGUAAAGAAAUCCUGGUUUUCUAUUCUUCAGGACUAUAUUGAUCAACAGGUUGAUGACCUUCUGCUGGAAAAGGCAGCAGAGAAAUAUCCUUUUAAUCCUCCUAAAACGAAGGAAAGUUAUUACUACCGUGAGAUCUUUGAAAAGCACUAUCCAGGGCAAAGCAACUGGCUGCCCCACUACUGGAUGCCAAGAUGGGUUAAAGCUACUGAUCCUUCUGCUCGCACGUUGAAACAUUACAAGUUGGCUGCCCAAGAAUAGGUCAUUGAAAUAAUCCCCCAGAUUGCAGAAGUGCUGCAAGCAAUUUGCAUAUGCUCCACUUCAAAAGAAAAAAAAAACCAAACACUUUUUGGAAACCUAAAGCUUAAAUGCUCUUUAAGGUGUAUUUGGACAAUGCUAUUGGAAAUAAGAGCUUUAUGUGGUAGUGUACUAUUAAAAAUUCACUCUGCUGUACCAAAACUUUGUAAUUCAUGGGAAAAUACUUCAUGGA